UGGAGCCAUACCGGGCACGUGACUCUGAAUCCGGAAGUAGGCAUCAAAACACGUCUCAUCUAAAACGGAGAUCUCUUUAUUAAACCACGAUGACCUUCAGGCUGGGCCUCGUCGCCGCCGUUAUCGUGGCUCAAAUUGUGUCUGCGAGCAGCUCGACUCAAAAUCUCGACCCGAACGUGGUCAAAGCGGCCAACUUUGCCAUCGAGUUCCACAAUCGCAUGACGAACUGUGCUUAUGCGUAUAAAGUCGUGGAGAUCCUGUCUUACUCUGCUCAGAUCUACCCUCCUGCCAGGGUGAAGUACUCCAUAGAAGUACGAGCAGCUCAAACGACCUGCAGAAACGAUGGCAGCAUGAACCCAGAGGACUGCAAAGUUGCGGCUGAUGCACAGACGAUGAUCUGCAGCUUCGUGGUUCUGGCAGUUCCAGGAGAGAACCCAGUUCCUGAAUACGUUCUGUCACAGCAAUGUGCCUGACGUGUCAGUCUUCAGAUUCUUUAAAUUAAUCGCACAAAAAAAAACCCCAACAAAAUGUAAUGUAAUCAAACACUAUGACACGCUUCAAACACUAUGUGACUAUGCAACAUAAUGCAUCUCGGACAGAAGCCGAUUAUUGUCCUAGUGUUUGAUGUUUUUUAUACCACAGCAGGUUGCAAUUUUAUUCAUUAAGAAAAGACUUGUAGUUACAUUUUUUGUGGAACAAUCGAAACGAGUUACUUGCUGUCAUCGCUUUAGUUCCAGCAGCCGUAAUAGAGUCGUCUUGUGUCCUGAAGACUUCGUCUCCUCAUAGAUAACUUUUUGAAUCUGUUUAUCAUCGCCGCGGAUUCGGUUACUUGGCAUUUCUGUAAGCCGUCACCCUGGAAACGAUGACCCUUCUGACCAAUCAGUAUCGAGAACUCAGCGCUGUGGUAUAAGUCUAUCCUGAUUUGAACAUUAGAUAGAAGGUCUAAUAGCACUUUUAAGCACUUUUUUUUGUUACCGAAAUGAAUAUGGCAUUAUUUUAUUAUUAUUAUUCUACGUGUGUUAUUGAGGUUUUAGUGUAGAAACUAAACUAAUUAAUUGUAAGCAGUGGAGAUGGGUGCCAAUACUUUAUUCACAGAGAUGAUUUAAAAGUGUGAAGUUCUCAAAGCUGUGUGAGUCACUCCACGCUGUAUAAGACAAGAACACCGGGAACUCUGAAGGAUCUCUGAAGGUGUCUGUUAAUGGUGCAACAUGGAAGAAUCCUAAUAUAAUGCGAAAAAGAA